UGUGUGUGUGUGUGUGUGUUUCUCUCUCCUCUCGCACAUGCCCAAUAGUCGAGUCACCUGACCUUUUUCCUCAGAGGAUCACCAAUUAGAGCCAAUUGUUUGCUCUUGAAAGCCCAAAGGGGCUGAAGAAGACUGGGUGAGGAGGAUAGUAGGAGGCGAAGUAAGUGAUGUGGAAUUUCUUUAAUUGAGCAAGCUUUUUGUUGUCCAGUCAUGAGUUCAGACGUUCAAAAUGUCACUGUGUUUUUUGUCAUUGUUUUCCUCAUUUUUGUCAAUGCCUGGCUGUUCUUUCAGACUUCUUUUGGAUAGAAAUCUUUUAACUGUUUCAAAUGAAGAGCAGCUUUCCAAACCAGCACUGGAUAUGGACAUUUUUCAAGGAAGUCAACAAGUGACUUUUGUCGUUUUACAUAAUGGAAACAUCAUAUUUGGAGCUGCUCUCUGGGGAACAAACAAGUUGCAUUUCGCAGGAUACAUUGCGUGUUUCUUUUUCUGUACAUUUAAUCGUUGAGUGGCGUGUAGAGAUUAUGCUUUUAUUCUGAAAGUCGCAACCGGAUGUCGGGUGUUCUACCAUAAAGAUAUCGGAGUUGUCUUACAGAUUAUCAUUAUUUUCCACCCAGUUUUAAUAAAACUGCCAUUUAAAAACAACAACAAAUCAACACGUUCCACUUUUAAACAGCUAGUUUGCUAUUAAACGUACGUGUAUUUUUAAAUAAUUCAGACGUACACGCUGAUUCAAAGUCCCGACAAGCGAGACGAAGAUAACGGUAACGGUGCACGUAAAUACCGCUACACGAUAAAUAGAUAAAUAAAAAGGGACCACUCCCGUUGGUAAACCGUUACUGAAGGUUCCCCCGAACCGAGGCUGUGAAGCCGCCGACUCGUUGAGAGGAAAAGCCCCUCAGUAUGUCUGGAGGGUAAACUGGCAACAGACGCACGCGCGGUGCCGCUCGCGCUUGCGUUGUCUUCUUUCGCCCUCUUGUGUUCGUGCUGGUCGGCGUCAAACGGACCGUAAAUCUGUCUCGAGAGCGGCGGUUAACCGUUGAGGCUGAGAGGCCAUGACGAAGUGUCAGUUGGCUGGCUAGCCGUUGGUCUCCGGGGCUUUUUAUAGCCGGCGGUCGGUUUCGGACCACCGAGGGCAGGGCGCGCGACCUUGGGACGUUGCCAUGGAUUUGACGCGGUUGGCGGUGGACGCUGGUCAGUUCAUCAACCGGGCUGUUCAGUACACGGAGGAGAGUCUCGGUCAUGGGGAGAAGACGGAGCUGGACCCCGGGCUGGGGGAGCUCUUUGUCCGGGCAGACGCCACCAAGACCUGGUCCGACCAGAUGAUCUCCCAGACUGAGGUUUUACUGCAACCCAAUUCCGGAGCGCGCUUGGAGGACCGUCUGUAUGAGCAUCUGGAUUGGAGCGUCCCCCCUCGGCCUCGUACGCAUGAGGUACUGGGAGACCAAAUGGUCCAGGCCGGGCUGGAGAUGGGGUCCAACACACCCUAUGGAACUGCACUGCUCCGGUGUGGAGAGGCUCAGAAGCAGCUCGGCGAGGCGGAGAGGAAGUUUGUCCAAAGCACUAACAUCCACUUUCUCACCCCUCUGAGGAGCUUCACCGAGGGGGAAUACGGAGCCAUGCAGGAUGAGCGCAAGAUGUUGGUAAAUAAGCGUUUGGACUUGGACAUCGCGAAAACCAGACUGAGAAAAGCACAUGAAGCUGACCGAGAGGGCAGAAGCCUGAAUGCAAACCCGCUGGAAGACGACUACUUGUCUCAUGUCUCUUACAUGUUCAGCUUCCUGCGGGUUAAAUGGCUGAAGAUGUGGGCUCAGGAAAUCGCUCAGGCAGAGAUGGAGCAGAGGAUCUGUCAGAGUCUGUUCGAUCGUCAGUCAGAAAUCACAAGACGAGUUGUGGAAGGAAUCGGCAACACUCACACCAACCACAUGCGCAGCCUGACCGACUUUGUGGAAGGUCAGGCCUGUUACUUCGACCAGUGUCACCAACAUGCUCAGGAGCUCCAGAAGCAGCUGGCCAGCAUUCCAGCAGUCCUCUGCUCCAACAACUGGCAGUCGGCCAUUAGUGCCGACGUUAAUCAGCCGUCCACGAGCCACCGCGGAGCCAAUCCGGUCACCCCGAUCCCCAUCAUCGUCCACCAGAUUCCAGACUUCGACCAGGACUCGUGGACUUCAAGUCCAAUCGCCGCAACUGAAAAAAACCCAGAUACCUCUGUGACCACACAGUCAAAUAACAACAAAAACAACAACAACAACAACACCUGCUUCUCUGAUGAGCAAGCAACCAUUCACUGUUCAGUGGUCAAUCAAGGACGUGGUCAUGUCUGGACAUCAAAUUCGGGUCAGAUAUCAGCACUCGGCAGAACAGCAAGCGCACAAACCAACGGAGCGACAACCAAUCUGACAACAACAACAACAACAACAACAACUUCCCCACCUUCUGAACUCAGUGGAGAGGAGUCUCAGACAGCUACUGCAGUAGCUAGCGGCACCACAACGAGCGAUAACACGACUAUUGAGACUUUGAAAACCGUUGGCAUGGCUGCUGAGCCCCAAACAACCAACGACACCACAAGCGAGGGGCUCAACGGAGAAGAGGUCCCGGAGUCUUCAUCAGCAGCCAGUCACGACGGGGUUCAGGAGACAUGAAUAUGGGAUGGAUGACACCUGGCCGAAAUCACGUCAGCUGACUUCGAUUGGCGGUGCAGUUGAUUUAGACCCGCGGUGAUUGGCAUUGUGGAAUUAAUUGAAUUAUGAACGAAUAGUUACGCAAUCAUUAUAACGUGUGGUACAGUAUUAAUAUAAAACAAACUUGUAUUAAUCCCAUAGGGAAGAUGAUGUGAAGUGGUUGUAAAAGUGAGUGAUUUAGUGCCACCAUCAUUUUAGCCAAUAUUCAUUUAUUCUUCAUGUUCUAUGAAAAUGAUGACUGUUGUGUGUCAGUCCCCUCUCGUGGCAAUGGAUGUCAUAUUUCCUGACACACUGUUAUAUUUGCAAUGUGUGAUUGUGAAAAGUAGUUUUUUCCCGUCUGUGAAACUAAAUCCUCAUUUUUAACGUUGCGCUAAAUGAGAGAAAAUACUGAAGCUUUGUGCCAAGUGUGUUUGUGUGAAAACAAUCCAAUCCGUGUGUGUGCGUGUGUGUGUGUGUGUGUGUGUGUGUCUACGUCAGUGACCCAUGUGAACACUGUCGCUUGUGUUUACAGCUUACCCAAACUGUUACCCCUUGAAAGAGGCGUGUGUGUGUGUGUGUGUGUGUGUGUGUGUGUGUGUGUGUGUGUGUGUGUGUGUGUGUGUGUGUGUGUGUGUGUGUGUGUGUGUGUGUGUGUGUGUGUGUGUGUGUGUGUGUGUGUGUGUGUGUGUGUGUGUGUGUGUGUGUGUGUGUGUGUCUCUGCCACCUCUUAACUUGCGUUAAUGAAAGUUGAGGUCAUUUUCCAUAUGAAACGUGUUCCUUGCUUUAUGUGUUUGGGAGUCCAGCGAGGUGCCAAAACACCGAGCUGACUUGGACCUUUAUUGCCGUAUAGCAUGGUAUGAAAUAUGUAUGUUUCCGCAUAUACGCACUGGGUGUUUCCCCCUGCACGGUCAAAUCACAUACUCAAUUCUACUCUAUUAAAGCCCCCCCACAAGGGGGAAUGGGUAGAAGUCUCUUACGUCCAGAUGUUGUUCAUUUUCUUCAUGAGGGCAGCUCUCGGUGUGGGUCCACCCUGGGGACCCUGGAUGGAAACACGCACAUUACCACUGACCCUUCUGAUGUAAUCACCCAACUCUUUGCUCCACAUGUGUGUGUAUGUGUUGUGUGUUGUGUGUGUGUGUGUGUGUGAGUGUGUGGAGAGAUAGCCACAAUAUUCACAAUUCUACUUGAUUUAAAGUGCACAUCCACACAGUUGUAAUUCAGUCACAUGUUGUCCAGUGAGCUGACAUCAGCGUGAGGUUUGAUGGUGGAAAUAAAUAUGCAAACGGUGACAUCAUGUCUAUCCAAAUC